CACAAAGUGCAGGUUUAGCACAAACUUUGGACCAUUAUCUUCUGCCGAAAUUACCAGCCCUGCCACUCGUCCUUCGUUAUCUAGUAUAAAUACCCAUACCUCUCCCUCCCCGUAAUUUGACCCAUGGUUUAGACCCAAUCCUGUCAUUUUAUAAGGUUUUUCGCACCCGCCGUUUUAUACAGAUUGAGGGACGACUCGUGGAGGCCCAGAAGGUGUGAUGCGUGGAACCUCGUGGCGGUGCCAAUGGCCGGAUCGCCUCGGAAAUGGCGUCGUUGUCCUCCUCCUCCCCUGUUAAAUCUCCAUUUGAAUGUUUUUCUGUGUAAUUGUAGCUGGAUCAGUUCGUAGAACCCUAGCCGGACGCUUGAAGACAUUUCCGUCGAUUUGUGUUCUCCAGGUUUGAGGAAUGGCGGCGUCGGAGGGGGUGGCAAAGCUGCUGUACAUAAUAGUGGUGGACGAUGACUCUGCACUGGCGGUAGCACCGGAGAAGAAGGGUUCGGCAUCGUUUCGAUACACGCGUUCCCUUCUCCAGAGUACUCUGCAACUCAUGGGUUGCAAGGCUCGACAUGCGUUUAAGAUUAGUCAAAGGGUAUUCGAAAUAAUGAGAAGUGAAAGCUUUAUGGUGAAGAUGGCUUCAGAUUCUGUAAAUGUGCCACCAAAGGAUGCUAAAAUAUACCCCCAAAGGGAGACUGAAUGCUGUACUCAUGCCAGCUUGGACGAAGCUGGUAUUGAUAAUUUAUCUCGCGGGGCUGAUAAGACAAAAACCAGAACAUUUGAAUUGUACAAGAGACUCACAACUGUGAUUGUUGGAAGGACACCUUUUCUAGAUGUUGUUUGUGAUGCUCUCUCAGAGUACAAGUAUGUGGGGCCAAAUCAGAGGGCUGAUCUAGUCUUAGCUUGCAGAAUUCGGGAAAGAAAGGAAUCUGUGACUGUGCUACUCUGUGGCACAAGUGGCUGUGGAAAAUCUACCUUGUCUGCCUUGCUGGGUAGUAGGUUGGGUAUUACAACUGUUAUAUCUACCGACUCAAUUCGCCAUAUGAUGAGGAGCUUUGUCGGUGAGGAACAAAAUCCUUUACUCUGGGCUUCAACUUAUCAUGCCGGCGAACAUUUAGAUCCAGUUGCAGUUGCAGCAGCAAAGGCCAAAAAGAAGGCUAACAAAUCAGCUGGCGUCUCUGCUGCGUCACUAGCUAAGGACGAAGUGGUUAGUAAUUCAACAUAUGGAAAAUCUGAUGGCAGUUCAACCACCAGUGAUCUGCCUAGCCUAAAGCAGAUGGCAAUAGAAGGAUUCAAAGCACAGAGUGAGAUGGUAAUUGACAGCCUUGACCGGUUGAUAACUGCAUGGGAAGAAAGAAAAGAAUCAGUUGUGGUGGAGGGGGUCCACUUGAGUCUCAAUUUUGUGAUGGGGCUCAUGAAAAAACAUCCUUCAAUUAUACCAUUCAUGAUUUACAUUUCAAGUGAGGGGAAGCACUUGGAAAGAUUUGCUGUUCGUGCCAAGUACAUGACGCUAGACCCUGCUAGAAACAAGUAUGUUAAAUAUAUACGGAAUAUAAGGACAAUACAGGAAUAUCUCUGCUAUCGAGCAGAUAAGCAUCUGGUGCCAAAAAUAAACAAUACGAAUGUUGAUAAGAGUGUAGCAGUAAUUCAUGCAACGGUUUUCAGCUGCCUGAGAAGGCGUGAGGCUGGAGAGCAUCUUUAUGAUCCAAUCACAAACACCGUUUCUGUUGUUGAUGAGGAGUAUAGGAAUCAGUGUGCUGCCAAUUCGUUGAGCUCCAAGGGAAUGUUUCAGUUGAUCCAGAGGCAAGGUUCCUCACGACAGUUGAUGGCACUUUUGAAUGAUGAUGGUUCUGUUGCAAAAGCAUGGCCAGUUGACAUUAUAGAUUAUAAUGGCAAGCCUAUUGUGGCCCAUCCUACAGGGCAUGGACUCGGGACACCUAUGUAUGGACCAUUGCAGAUAGGUAAAGCAGAACCUGUUAACUUGCAGUUUGGUCACUUUGGGAUUAGUGCUUGGCCCGGCGAUGCUGGGGGAACAAGUCAUGCGAGCAGUAUCGAUGAUUCGAAGUGUUCAACUGAAAGUGGUAGCAGAUCGUGCUCCAGCUCUCCAAGAAUCUCUGGUGAUGGGCCUUCGAAAGAGCUAAAGGAAGAACAUUCUGUGCAUGGUAGUGAUGAAGAGGAGGUUGAUGAUUCUGUGGAGUCAGACAGUGAUGAGUAUUUUACUGAUGCGUCGAAGCACCUAGAUGAAGAGUUUUUUCAGUUGGAAGGCUCUGUGGAUGAGGAAUUGACAAAAUCAGAUGAUGAGUAUGACGAUCUUGCUGUGGAGGAUAUCCAAGACAGUGAUUAUAAGUCUGGCGAUGAUGAAGAGUUGAACAUUGAAAUGGAGUACAAGGAAGCGUUAUCUGUUCCAAGAGAGCAACUGGAUAGAGAAGGCCUCCAUGGAGGGAAUUACCAAAAAAAUCUUGACCUCUUCCAGAGAAUGAAAAAUGACCCUCUAUCUGGGUCAGGGUCGGGGUCAGUGUCACUGAUGCGUUCUAUCACCACUCCCCCUAGAGAGAAAAACGAUAAAAGAUCUCGGUAUUACAGAUCAAGAAAACGUUCACAGAGCAUACCAGCCUUCAGGGACCACGCAGCACUCAUAAAUGCUGCAAUCAUCCAAGAAGCACCAUUGGGGUAGUGGUGUGCAAUUUUGUAGCAUGGACUAUGCUGCUAAACUGUUAGUAACUGUGUCUCUUGUACAAAGGUUUUCAGGUAGUCUCUCUUUCUCUCUCUGUGUGUCUCUUUUUCUCUCUCUCAAGUUUGGAUGGAAGAUUUGUAAGAUGCUUUUGUCAAGAACACUUGGCAGUCUAAUCUGUUGAUGUAGUUUGUUGUAGACGGGGGCUGCUGUUUUACUAAUGCUGAUAAUUGGCAUUCUACUAAAUUUGACCUUAUAUUCCUCAAA